UCUUCUCGUUCGGCAUUUUUGAAAGAUAAAAAAAAAGAAUUUACAAUGGGAGUUCCAGCUCUUUUUAGAUGGCUUUCAAAAAAAUAUCCAAAAAUCAUUGAAAAGGUCGUCGAAGAACUGCCAGUUGAGAUCAAUGGCGUUGAGAUUCCCGUAGAUAUUUCAAAGUCGAAUCCUAACAAUUUAGAAUUUGACAACCUUUACCUGGACAUGAAUGGUAUAAUACAUCCUUGCUGUCAUCCUGAAUGCAAGCCAGCGCCCGAAACUGAAGAUGACAUGAUGAUUGAAAUCUUUAAAUAUACAGAAAGAAUUAUUGCCAUAGUACGACCAAGGAAAGUUUUAUAUCUUGCCAUAGAUGGCGUGGCUCCUCGAGCAAAAAUGAAUCAACAGCGAUCACGACGUUUUCGUACAGCACAAGAAGAUAAAAUAAAAAACGAAGAAAAAUCCAAGGAAAUUGAAAGACUUAAAGAAUCGGGUGCACAAAUCGAUGAAGAAUUAAUUCAAAAGAAAUCAUUCGACAGUAAUUGUAUAACGCCAGGCACUCCUUUUAUGGCAAAUCUUGCAAAAUGCUUACGAUAUUGGAUCGCUGAAAAGCUUAAUUAUGAUCCUGGUUGGAAAAAUUUAAAAGUCAUCCUAUCUGAUUCUAAUGUUCCAGGUGAAGGUGAACAUAAAAUCAUGGAUUUCAUUCGUGGACAGCGUUCCAGUCCUUACCAUGACCCUAACACACGACACGUUAUAUAUGGCUUGGAUGCUGAUUUAAUUAUGCUUUCGUUGAGUACGCAUGAACCUCAUUUCAAAGUUCUGCGUGAAGAUGUCUUUUUUAAUGACGGCAGUUUUAAAGGUUGUUUUAUAUGUGGUCGCAUGGAUCACAUUGCCAACCAAUGUAGAGCUGAUUUAGUAACUCGCCCAAAAUCCAAUGAUAAGGGAAAAAAUGCGGAUUACAAUAAGCCAUACGUAUUGUUAAAUAUAGAGACUCUUCGCGAGUAUCUUGAAAUUGAACUCAAAAUAUCAUGUAUGCCUUGGCCAUUUAACUUGGAAAAUGCGAUUGAUGAUUGGGUAUUUCUUUGUUUUUUCGUUGGAAAUGACUUUCUUCCGCAUUUGCCUUCUUUAGAAAUAAGGGAGGGUGCAAUAGAUACCUUGAUAUCUAUAUGGAAACGUUGUCUACCAUUAAUGAAUGGUUAUAUAACGAAUUGUGGAAAUGCAAAUCUAAAAAGGAUGCAGUAUUUGGUGACUGAAUUAGGUAAAAUGGAAGAUGAAAUUUUCAUUAGAAGGCACAGAGAUCAACAAAGGCGUACUUCGCAACCUGCGCCCAAGCGUCGACGGAUUAAUGAUAAAUAUUCUCCAACUGGAGUAUACCCUGCUUCAGGCUUAGAUCAUUUGCCCGUUGGAAUGCCACUUCUUCCAGUUAAGGGUCUUGAUUCGCAAAUUCGAGCGAGAACAAAUCAAGAGAUUGUUUCCAAUCGGCAGGCGCUACGUAUGGCUAACUUGAGUGCUGCUCAAUUAUUAAAAGCUGAAUUGAGUGGUUUAGAACCCCCAGUUCAUACCGCCACUUCUGAUGCGAUGCCUACCGAAAAUUUGAUGUCAACGAGUUAUGAGGAUACUGUUCUAUCAUCAAAUUCUGCUGGUAUAAAAAGAAAGUCCGAAUUUUUGGAUGAUAAUACUCAAGAAACCCAUGUUGAUAUUAAAGAUAAAAUAGAAGAAUCUGGUGAAUCUGGUCAAGUAGAUCCUUCAGAUGAUGCAGAACAAGAAGACACCAUAAGACUAUGGGAGCCUGGCUUUAAGAAGCGAUAUUACAAGGAUAAAUUUGAGAUCGAGUUGCCUAAUGAACAAUUUCGCUCAAAGGCGUUCCGUCUUGGAAGUGGUGAACCAUUUAAACCAUUUGAACAAUUAAUGGGCGUAUUACCGGCUGGAAGUAAAAAACAUUUGCCCGUACCGUUUCAAAAACUAAUGACCAGUCAAGAAAGUGAAAUAAUUGAUUUCUAUCCUAGUAAUUUCACAAUAGACUUGAAUGGGAAGAAAUAUGCUUGGCAAGGUGUCGUAUUGCUCCCAUUCAUUGAAGAAGAACGUUUACUAAAGGCUGCAGAGUCAAUAUAUCCUGAGCUGGCUGAUGAUGAAAAGGAACGAAACAAACUGGGAUCUGAGAUUUUGUGUUUCAGUAACAAGCAUAAAUUGUAUGAUGCGUUGUGCGUAUUAUAUUCUAAGAGAAAAAGUGAAAAGCCCAUUCCAUUAGAUCCUAUGAUCAGCGAUAAGCUGGUUGGAUUUGUUUCACGCGACAAAAACUGUAUACCGGAAAGUACCUUCUACACACCUUUGCCAGACAAAAAUACUCAUGAUAUUGUCAACGAUAGGUCAUUAAGUGUUGUGUAUUAUCUUCCAGCAAAAACAAGUAAUCAAAUGCAUAAGUCUGUUCUCUUAAGAAAUGUUAAAUUAGAUCCGCCAAGGUGGCCAUUCGUUCCGGGUUGCCCAUGUACCUCGUGA